CGGACUUUUCACUGAUUUCGUAGGAAACGAACGGUGUUCCAUUUCAACUACCUUCUUUCCGAUCGGUUGGAGUCCGUCGCAGUGGACACGGGCCCUUACUCUCUCCCUGUACCGUCAGGUACAUAAGGCGGAGAGCAGUGGAUUGCCAGUCCGCUACUGCUUCCGCAAAUAGGGCAUAGUGCACGACCAAGGAUAGUAAACAUCUCUGGAUGACUCAGUUCAGCUUCAAGGAGCUACGAAUACAAUAGCAGUAGGCGGAGCGAACGUCCAAUGUCUCACGCAUAAAAGCCCAUAACAUACAGAGUGCACACAAAGGCACAGUUUGCUCUCGCCCGGAGCCAGCAUAACAGUUUGCUACCCAGUUUACUAUAAUACCUUCAUUCUCUCCGAGAUAAUGGAUCAAGUUUUGUUUGGAGUUGUCCUAGCUUCUCUGGCUUGUAGCGUGUCCAGCAUCCCCGCAUUUUGCUCGUCUUCUAAUGAGAUCAACAAUGUGGUUUCAACCUGCUUGGGCAACAACGGAGUGUUGAAGUAUUUUGACAUUAUCAAGAAAGGAAUCCCGAUACCGAAAAACAACAACUAUCGGCAGUUCUGCAACAGACCAGAGGAGUUUGCUGACGCAUUGGAAUGCAAUGCUAAUGUGCUGGUAAAGUGUUAUCCAGACCGCAGCUUCUUUUAUAAAACAGUGAGAUCGAGCGCAUUGGGAGAGAUCAAUGGGAUAUGCAACGACACCAAAUUAAGAACUGACUGCAUUGGUAAUGCUCUUAGGGAUGACUUGUUAGAGUGUGAAAAAGGCCAGUAUUCAUUGCAAGAUCAAGGUAUCCCGCGGAUGUGCAGAGAGGUGCGCGCUGCGGCUCUCUGCUUUGUCGGAGAUGUGAGGAAAUGUGAUGAAUACACCGCGCAGAACAGAAGAAGGUAUCUACACAAAUUGAACGAAAGAUUCUGCAGUGCCGGUCCUCGUAUGACUUACAGCACAACGCUUACUCUCAUCCUGCUCGUUGCCUUUGCUGUCUGGUAAAAGUCUUGAAGAGAUGAUGCAUCCAGAAAAGAGGUUUACCAGUCACGACGGGCCUGGUGUGUUUCUUCAGACUGAUAUAAAGCCUUCAAAGCUGAGAAUCUGUGAAAAGUUUUAAUUGCUGAUAGGGGCAAACAUAUAAAACAAACUUUUAACAAAAUUCGUAUUCUCGAGAACAAACUAUGGUAUGUUAAAACGAUGCUAACUAAUCUAGUAGGACCUGUGUUUUUGAAGGUCCUUUAAAAAACGAACAAAUGAACUUAAAUCAAAUAUUAUUUUAUUUUCCAAUUUUUCUUUCAAAAUUGUUUCGAAUCUGCCAUGGAAUAAUAAAUGUACCCGAAGGUUCCGAAAA